CAGCAGGACCAGGGUAAACCCGAGUGCCCUAGGGAGUGAAGGACGCUGUCCUUGGAGCAGGAGGAGGUUAGUGACAUCUGUGGUUCUGGGGCUGGGUGGCUGAGGGAAUCUUCAGAGCUGCACUGGGGGAUGACAGCUUAGUAGAGAGAGAGAUUGGGGUAGGUGCUAAGGUCCAACCUGCAGAGGAAUUGGGUGCAGCUUGAGGAUCUUCGCAGCAGCAGGGUCUCAAGACACCCAAGGCUGUGGGGCCACAGAGGGCAGGUGUUUGAGAGGGGGUUGUGUUUAUCAGCUGUGGCCAUCUUGCACCUUGGGUGGGAAGGGAUCUGUCUUCAAAGCGUGGGUCAAGAGGGUCCAGGGGCCUGGAGAGUGCUCGUUGCUGUCUGCUUCUGGCUACUGACGCCUGGGGCUCCUACUACCACUGGCUGCUCAUCUCUGGGUCAGCACUGGGACCUUUGUUUAAAUUUCCUGGAAGGAGAUAAAUAUGCUGGUGUGUAUGAGCCUUCUGCCUUGCUGCUGGCUCCCUGGGGCGAUAGCCCUGAGCACACUAGGAGGGUGUGCAGAUGGGGGUCCUCUGUUCAAUGUGGUGGGGAUCUGGAUACCAAGGACUCCAGGUUGCCUCAGGCCACAUGUCCCAGACUUGAUCAUGUUGGUGUCCUACCAAAGUGGCAUCCCUGGGCUAUGGGCACUGGGUGGCCUUGGUCUGUAUUCUAUUAGCCUUUCCUUUAAGCAGCCUAAAUCUGACUUUGGCUUCCAACCUCUGAGGGAAUCAGGGCUGUACCCGCACGUGUACCCUGCACCCCCAUCCAGCAUCCCUAGACCAGCCUGCUUCUGCUCUCAUCUCAGAUGUCCUUUUCACUUGAGAAUGAGGCUGGAUGUGUGCAGACCUUCACAGUAGGAGUCCAUCCAGGACAGUUGGAGCUACCAUCUGGACUGGGUUUAAGAGUCCAAGGCCUGUAGUUAUUUUUGGUGACACUACAGUGGAGACUCCACUGUGACCCCAGCUCGGUCUUUAGCUCCUCAGCCCUGGGUGGCAGCAUUUCUAUAACUAACAUAAGGCCUCUAGGCCCCACAUACAUCUCUGGACAGCCUGCCUGCCUCACAGGGGAGCAAGUGGAGAAACUGGCCUAAUGCAGGGUGGGGUAGAUGUUGAAGGGCUGUGACCUCUCCUCCUACAGGCUGCACACCAUGAGCCUCAGAGGCCUUCACCUCUGCCUCUGGAUGUGGCUGGGCACCACCCUAGUGCAUGGACAAGGACAAGUGAGUGGCCGCCUGAGACUGGCAGUGUUGCCUGAGGACCGGCUGCAGAUGAAGUGGAGGGAGGCAGAGGGGAGUGGCCUUGGCUACCUGGUGCAGGUGAAGCCCAUGGCAGGGAACUCGGAGCAGGAGCUGAUGCUGACCACCAAGACCCCCAAGGCCACAGUGGGGGGCCUAAGCCCUUCUAAGGGCUACACUUUACAGAUCUUUGAGCUCACAGGCACUGGACCUAUGCUGCUGGCACGGAGGGAGUUUGUGAUUGAGAAUUUGAAGAGCCACUCUCUGGGCAGGGGCAGCCGGAGGCCAGUGGGUGCCAACCAGGAGACUACUUCGUUCCCUCUAGGGACUCCAGACCCUAAGCAGGCUCCUGAGCCCAGCAUCACCUUCACCCUAAGCCAGGACCCGCCCAUUCUUGCUGUCCCCCAGUUCCACUGCACGCCACCCACCCCUGCUGACAUGGUCUUCCUGGUGGAUGGGUCCUGGAGUAUUGGCCACAGCCACUUUCAGCAGGUCAAAGACUUCCUGGCCAGCGUCAUUGAACCCUUUGAAAUAGGACCAGAUAAAGUUCAAAUAGGCCUGACUCAGUAUAGUGGAGACCCCCAGACGGAGUGGGACCUGAACUCUUUCCACACUGGGGAGCAGGUGCUGGCAGCUGUGCACAGCCUCCGCUACAAGGGAGGAAACACAUUCACAGGCCUUGCUUUGACCCACGUGCUGAGGCAGAACCUGAAGCCAGCAGCAGGUCUCCGUUCAGAGGCAGCCAAGGUGGUGAUUCUGGUGACGGAUGGCAAGUCCCAGGAUGAUGUGCACACAGCUGCCCAUGUCCUUAGGGACCUGGACAUUGAUGUCUUCGUUGUGGGUGUGAAGAAUGCUGAUGAGGCUGAACUGAAGCUCCUGGCAUCCCAGCCACUGGACAUUACUGUUCACAAUGUGCUGGACUUCCCACAGUUGGCCACCUUGGCUGGCCUCCUCAGCCGCCUCAUCUGCCAGAAGGUCCAGGGAAGAAACCUGAGCAGGGGUCCAGUCACACCAGCAUCAACAGGUCCGACCCUGCACCCUUUCCUUGCACCCACCAACCUGGUUCUGACCCAUGUCACUUCCUCCAACAUCCACCUGUCAUGGACUCCGGCCCCCCACGCACCCCUCAAGUAUCUGAUUGUGUGGCAGCCUUCCAGUGGUGGUGCCCCCAAAGAGGUGGAGGUGGAGGGGUCUGCUUCAUCCACAAAGCUCUGCAACCUGACCUCGAGCACAGAGUACCUGCUGUCCGUGCUCCCCAUCUACAAGGGCGGGGUCGGAGAGGGCCUGCAGGGCCGGGCCUCCACUGCACCCCUGCCUCCACCCCGGGCACUAACCCUGGCUGCCGUGACACCCAGAACCCUUCACCUCACCUGGCAGCCCUCUGCUGGGGCCACUCAGUACUUGGUGCGGUACUUGCCUGCCACUCCCACCAGGAAGGAGCAGAGGAGAGAGGUGCAGGUGGGGCAGCCCGAAGUGUUGCUGGAGGGCCUAGAGCCGGGCAGGAACUAUGAAGUUUUGGUGCAGAGCCUUCGAGGACCAGAGGCCAGUGAAGCCCGGGCCAUCCAAGCCAGGACUUCUGCUCUGGGGCCCCCAAGACACUUGGGCUUCUCAAAUGUGAGCUACAAUUCAGCCGGCGUCUCCUGGGAAGCCCAGAGGCCUGUGCGCCUGGUCAGGAUCAGCUACAUCUCCAGCGAUGGUAGUCACUCGGGGCAGACACAGGUUCCUGGAAAUGCCACUUCAGCCACCCUGGUCCCCCUCUCCUCCUCCACCAUGUACACUGUCCAUGUCACCUGUUUCUACGUUGGGGGUGGCUCCUCCAUGCUGACUGGCCAUGUGACCACCAGGAAAGCCCCUAGCCCUAGCCAGCUGUCGGUGAUGGAGCUGCCGGGGGACGCAGUCAGGCUGGCGUGGGCUGCUGCAGCCUCAUCUGGCGUGCUGGUUUACCAGAUCAAAUGGACCCCCUUGGGAGAGGGGAAGGCCCAUGAGAUUUCUGUCCCAGGAACCCUUAGCACAGCUAUCCUGCCUGGCCUGGGGAGGCAUGUGGAGUACGAGAUCACCAUCCUGGCCUACUACAGGGAUGGCACCCGCAGUGACCCUGUGUCCCUCCGCUACACCCCUCGUACAGCAAGCAGGAGUCCCCCAUCCAACUUAGCUCUGUCCUCGGAGAUUCCCAACAGCCUGCAGGUCAGCUGGACACCUCCAAGUGGCCAUGUCCUCCAUUACCGGCUCACCUAUGCGCUGGCCUCAGGCUCGGGCCCUGAGAAAUCAAUCUCCGUGCCAGGCCCCAGAAGCCACAUCACACUCCCUGACCUGCUGACUGCCACUAAGUAUAAAGUCAUGGUCUCAGCUAUCUAUGGAGCAGGUGAAAGUGUGGCAGUGUCUGCCACAGGCCACACAGCAGCCUGCCCGGCUCUGCGCCCAGACAGUUCCCUUCCAGGGUUUGAUCUGAUGGUGGCCUUUGGCCUUGUGGCAAAAGAAUUUGCCUCCAUUCAAGGUGUAGCCAUGGAGCCCUCUGCCUCGGGCGUGGCCCCGACCUUCACACUCUUCAAAGAUGCUCAGCUGAUACGGAGGGCCAGUGACAUCCACCCAGCAGCCCUUCCACCAGAAUAUACCAUCGUUUUUCUUGUGCGCCUGCUCCCUGAGACGACCCGGGAAGCCUUCGCCCUAUGGCAGAUUACAGAUGAGGACUUCCAGCCCAUCCUUGGGGUUCUGCUGGAUGCUGGCAGAAAGUCUCUGACCUACUUCAACCACGAUCCCAGGGCAGCCUUACAGGAGGUCACCUUUGAUCUGCAGGAGGCGAGGAAGAUUUUUUUCGGAAGCUUCCACAAGGUACAUGUGGCUGUGGGCCGCGCCAAGGUCAGACUCUAUGUGGACUGUCGGAAGGUGGCUGAGAGGCCCAUUGGGGAGGCUGGCAGCCCACCUGCAGUUGGCUUCGUCACCCUGGGGAAGCUGGCCAAGGCCAGAGGGCCGCGGAGCAGCUCAGCUGCAUUUCAGCUGCAGAUGCUGCAGAUCGUGUGCAGCGGUGCCUGGGCAGACAAGGACCGGUGCUGUGAGCUUGCUGCAUCCAGAGAUGGAGAGACAUGUCCCGCCUUCCCUUCUGCCUGUACUUGCUCCUCCGAGACUGCUGGACCCCCAGGGCCUCGAGGUCCCCCGGGCCUUCCUGGGAAAAAUGGCACCCCAGGAGAGCAGGGCCGCCCAGGGCCCAGGGGAGAGCCAGGGCCACCUGGACAGACAGGACCUGAAGGCCCUGGAGGUCAGCAGGGGUCACCAGGGAACCACGGCCGCACAGUCCAGGGGCCCAUGGGUCCACCAGGGGUCAAAGGAGAGAAGGGAGACAGUGGACUCCCAGGCUUGCAGGGUCUCCCUGGCCAGCAAGGUACCCCUGGGAGAGCUGGCCUCCAGGGACCAAAGGGAAUGAGAGGCUUGGAGGGGCCUGCUGGCUUGCCUGGACCACCUGGCCCCAGGGGGCUCCAGGGCCUUGCAGGGGCCAGGGGCAUCAAUGGGGAGCCAGGGCCCCCAGGGGCUGUGGGACCUACGGGGCUGCCAGGCCCCAAAGGGGAACGAGGAGAGAAGGGUGAGCCACAGUCCCUCACCACCAUUUUUCAGCUGGUGAGCCAGGCUUGUGAGUCAGCAAUACAGAGACACAUGCUGAAGCUGAACUCCUUCCUCCAUGAGAACGCCAGGCCCCCAAUGCCCAUCUUGGUAGAGACCUCAAAGACGAGCAGGUCUUUGGGGUCUCCUGGUUCACGCAGCGAGGCCUUUCUUCCCAGAGAAGAAUGGCAUGAGGGCCACCCCGAAGACCAAGGCAAGGUCAAGAAUAAGGAGGUGUUGCCGCUGCACCCCCUGAUCCUGGAAUGUCCCCUUUCCUCUCAGGAUGCUCUGCACAAGCAGCCCAUGUACAAACCCAUCUGA